UACAAAGACUCACGCGAUAGUGGACAGUUGUUUAGAAUUCCCGAAAGAUGGCGGCGGCGCCUCCGGAUGAGGCUAGCCUACAGUCUCGCAUCAACAAGGCCACAAACCCUUUGAAUAAGGAGACUGACUGGGACAAUAUCAAGGGAUUUUGUGAUCAGCUCAAAAAUGAGCCAGAAGGUCCCCAGCUUGCAACCAGACUUCUGGCCCAUAAAAUCCAGUCUCCCCAGGAGUGGGAGGCUAUGCAAGCGCUUACGGUUCUUGAGACGUGCAUGAAGAACUGUGGAAAGCGUUUUCACAGUGAAGUGGGAAAGUUUCGCUUUCUCAAUGAGCUCAUCAAGGUGGUCUCACCCAAGUAUUUGGGUGCCCGGGCUCCAGAGCCAGUGAAGAAGAAGGUGUUAGAAAUGGUGUACAGCUGGACAGUGAGGCUGCCUGAUGAGACCAAGAUAGCAGACGCCUAUCAGAUGCUGAAAAAACAGGGCAUUGUCAAGCUGGACCCCGUGCUUCCUGAUGACAAGCCCCUUCCACCCCCUCCCCCCAGAGCCCAAAGUGCCGUCUUUGAGGAUGAGGAGAAAUCCAAGAUGCUGUCUCGCUUAUUGAACAGCACCCACCCCGAAGAUUUAAGAGCAGCAAACAAGCUCAUUAAGGAAAUGGUCCAGGAGGACCAAAAGCGCGUGGAGAAGGUAUCAAAGCGGUUGAACGCCAUCCAGGAGGUGAAGGAAAGCGUCAGCCUGCUGAGCCAGCUGCUGGAGGGCUACAGCAAGGAGAGCUGCUCCCAGAGCAACCAGGAGCUCAUUAAAGAUCUUUACCAGCGCUGUGAAAAGAUGAGGCCUACGCUAUUCCGAUUAGCAAGUGAUACAGAGGAUAGUGAUGAAGCCUUGGCGGAUAUCUUACAGGCCAAUGACAGCUUGACGCAGGUAAUCAACCUGUACAGGCAGCUGGUUAAGGGGGAGGAUGUGUCGAAGGAUGGCAUAACCAUGCCCUCACAACCAGACAGCAGCAGCUCAGCACUCGUAGACCUGAUGGGGCUCAAUGCAUCAGACAACACGGCACCAUCCAACGCAGAGCCCUCCAGCCUACAGACCCUGACUCAGAACAUGGGCAUCAGCUUGUUGGACGAUGAACUCAUGUCGCUGGGACUGAAUGUAACGGAAACCUGCGACUCUCAGAACUCUUUUCAGACCUCUGAUAGCACAGAUUCAUCUGCUACAGUGUUGCUACCAGCUGUGGUUCAAACACCACAGGCUCUACCAGUAGGGGGCCCCACUGCUCCACCUAAACCCAUGGAAGAGCUGGACAUGUUAGGGAAGACCUUGAUGCAGCAGUCCCUACCUCCAGAGAGCCAGCAGGUCAAAUGGGACAAGCUCCAACCUCAAUCCAGAGUCACUUUACGAGAUCUGCAGAAGUCCAGCACCAACUCUAGACCUGCUCCAAAUGCAACCACCAUCUCCUCUGGUCCUGCUCCGGGGCCCACGUCCAGCCUGGCCGGCCAUCCAGAGCAACCUGACACUCUCCUCCUUUCCAAUCUCAGUCUCACGGCUGCUGAGAAAGUCUCAGUAGCUGCUGCUGACCCCUACGACAACAUCUCCCUAGCUGACGUUACUGUGCCUCUGGAAUCAAUCAAACCUAGCAACUUAUUACCAGUGACUGUAUUCGACAAACACAGUCUCCGGGUUUUGUUCACCUUUGCCCGUGACUGUCCUCCAUCGCGGCCGGACGUGCUGGUGGUAAUCAUCUCCAUGCUGUCCUCGGCCCCCAUUCCUGUCACUAACAUCCGCUUUCAAGCAGCUGUACCAAAGGUGAUGAAAGUGAAGCUGCAGCCUCCAUCCAGCACCGAGCUCCCAGCCUUCAAUCCCAUCCUGCCUCCAGCCGCCGUCACACAGAUCCUACUGCUGGCUAACCCAUACAAGGAAAAAGUACGUUUGCGGUACAAGCUGACAUUCAACCUGGGGGACAAAUCUCAUGAUGAAUCUGGUGAUGUGGACCAGUUCCCACCUCCAAACACCUGGGGGAACCUUUAGUGAGAACGACCAACCUCCUGUCAUGUGAUCUGCUGCUUCCUUUAGAUUUAGGUUGAAGUUGUCCCUCAUCGCUGGCUUGAGGAAAGAUGGCCUCUUUACACUCCAGUGGUGUCAAACUCCAGUUUGGUAAUACAAACUGACACAAGACCAGUUGUGGGAACCAGCUUCUACCUUGUGCCUUCCUUCGCAGCCUUCCUGUCCUUAUUCAAUCAUCUCUGUGUUCCUGUGUUUUGCAGCUUCUUAUUCCAACAAUCAGUCCAACUCAAACUAUAAAGCAAACUGUCAGACACAUUGAUUCAAUGCAGUGACUUUUGUGGGAAACAAGUUUAGCCUUUUAAAAACUGAAUGUGUGCAUUUGUCUGAUUUACAUACUGUUUAACAAUCCUUGAUGUCCCAUGUCAUGUGAAUUACAUGUAACAGCUGGUGUAUCGCAUUGUUUCUGUUGUUUACAAAACCCCAUUGCUCAACUUAACGCAAGUGUCUGAUGCAUUCCCAACUUUGGACAGUGUGAGCGAAAAUGUCCUGCAUUGAGAAUAUCGUCACAGUGUGUGUGUUCAGUGUUCAGAGUAGGGUUGCAGCAGGUCAUUGUUUUCUGUCAGUCCAUCAGUAAUACUUUUCUGUUCAACUUUAAGGCAGUGAAAUGCUUAAAGUGAUAUCUUACAUGUGUUUACAGUAUGACCAACAGCCAAAACACCCAGUGUAUUCAACUUAUGAUGUUAUGUGGAGUAGUUGGUAGUUAACCCGAUACACAACUCACUUGUCAGAAUUUAAAUUCAUCUCCUAUCAAAUGAUGAAUUGAUUAGUUGGCUAAUUGUUUCAGCUCUACUUCAGUGUUCAAUGAAGAGCAGCAGCAGUGGACUUAAUAGUCAAAUGCUAUCAUGCUUAACUUACUAGCAAACCAUUUCCUCUUUACCCCCUAAUGAAAACUGUCAAAUACAGAGCGGCAUAGAAACUAAAUGUAAUGUUAACACACUGAGGUUUUGCGUUUUAUCCAAUGGAGACAAAGUCAAAGGAGUUUCAGGAGUUGAUCUGAAAUGUUUUAACAACUGGAAAAGUACAAGGAGAAUUCUGGAGCAUACAUAAUGAAUUGAUACAUAGUUUUUAAGAAUUGGCUUUGUUUUAAUAUUUGCUGCUUUGGGAAAUUAUACUUGAUUUGUGUGUGUAUGUGUCGAAGCUGUGACAACAGGUCUUCUCCACAGUAGACUUGUCACAGUAGGAAAAGCACAGACGUUACUGAUAAAAUUAUUGAUGGAUCUGUUCUAUUCAGGUGUUACAGUGAGCAUGAAUAGUAUGUGGACCCUGAAACUGAAGCAACUAAGUGGAAUUCAGCCAUCAUUGAUUUGUUAUUUAGACCUGUGCUUUUCCUACAUGUCAAAAUGUCUUCUGUGAAAAAGCAAGGAAGGGCACUAAAUCUCUGCCCCCGUUAAAAUGCUGAAACUUUGCUUUUAAUUUCUGCACUUUUCUUUUUUUUUGGGGCACUUUUUGACAUUCAUGUUUCACUCAGGAGUUUGAUUUGGAGAUUUAUUUUAAAAAUCAACUUUCAUGCACUUAUUUUGUUUAAAUUUUGCACAAGAAACCAUUCCAUCUUACAGUACACUGUCUUUUGACCCAAAGAGGGACAUGUGAAGUCCUGAGUUGCAGAUAUCCGGUUUGAUUCUACCACAUGUGCCUGGGAUGAAACGUUUGAUUUUCAUUUUCUUUGUACAAAGAUGUAUACAAAUGACUAGUUUGAUUUUUGUUUUUUUGUUUCGUUUGUUCAUGUCCUUAUUAGAAAAGACUUUGUGAAACAAAUUACACAUGAAAUGAUGUUACAGAAUCCCAAUAUCCAUGGUCACUGAGAUGAUUGGAGCACGGGUCUAUGGUCAUUUCUUAGGGCCAUAAAGACUAAAAUAAAAUGAGAUUGGAGGCAGACUGGUUCUGAAA